CGCAAGGGAGAGACACGGACAGACUGACUAACCGGCUUCGGACACAGUUAUAUCCAGAAAUAUGGCAAAUACUCAAAUUGUGUGAGGUACCGCAUCAUGAGUCACUACAGCAAUCACUGAAGAAGAACAUCUUGUUGAGUUUUGUGGUGUGGAAAACCAAAGACCUCUACAAAUGAAUAACCGCAAGGAGGAUAUGGAGAUCCCAUCUCAUUAUCGACAUCUCCUGCAGGAGCUGAAUGAGCAACGGCAACACGGCAUUUUAUGUGAUGCUUGUAUCGUGGUGGAGGGCAAAAUCUUUAAGGCUCAUAAAAAUGUCCUACUGGGAAGCAGCAGAUAUUUCAAAACACUUUACUGCCAGGUACAGAAAUCCUCUGAGCAGACCACAGUCACCCAGUUGGACAUUGUUACUGCUCAGGGCUUCAAGGCCAUUAUAGACUUUAUGUAUUCCGCUCACCUGGCACUAACAAGUAAGAAUGUUAUUGAGGUCAUGUCUGCUGCUAGCUACUUGCAGAUGACGGACAUUGUCCAGGCAUGCCAUAAUUUCAUAAAAGCUGCAUUAGAUAUAAGCAUAAAGUCUGAGACAUCGGAUGAAUUGGCAGACUACGAGAUGGGAGCCCCAUCGAGCACUGCUGAAGCCCUCCUGUCUGCUGUGGUGGCAGGGCGCAGCAUCUCCCCUUGGUUGGCAAGGAGAACAAGUCCAGCAAACUCCUCAGGAGAUUCUGCUAUUGCCAGUUGUCAUGAAGGGGGUAGCAGUUAUGGGAAGGAGGACACGGAACAAAAAGUAGAUAGCCAGGACGAGGUGUCAUCUCUAUGGACUGGUGAAGGGUGCUACGGACCUUUACGUAUUAAAGAGGAGCAGGUCUCCCCAUCACAUUACAAGGGGGACUCAGGGGCGACUUAUUCAGAGCAGGGGGAUGGCUGGCAGUCCACAGGACGAAGAAAGAACAGAAAGAACAAGGAGACUGUUAGACACAUCACCCAGCAAAUGGUUGAGAGCUGCAGGACUGGCUCCCCAGAUGCUUCAUUCAUACCCACCACACAGUGGCAGUACAGCACACAGGACACCUCCGGUGAAGACGUAACGGUCAUUGAGCCAGUCAGUUCAGAUAGCCGUGAUGAGCGUGUGGACCUGUAUUCACAAGGCGAAGAGUCCCUGCAUGCAGGGGAGGUUGCAUAUUUAUCACAUACACUUGGGAUGGAGAAAGAUAACAACCACCAGCAGGUCUCCAAUGUCACCAACCUGCGCAGUGCAUUAAUGAGCAAGAAUAGCCUCCUGUCUCUGAAAGCAGACGUCCUUGGGGAGGAGAGCUCACUUCUGUUCGAAUACCUCCCCAAAGGAACCCACUCGCUCUCCCUGAAUGAAUUUACAGUGAUCCGAAAGAAGUUCAAGUGCCCAUACUGCAGCUUCUCUGCCAUGCACCAGUGUAUCCUAAAAAGGCACAUGAGAUCCCAUACAGGGGAGAGACCAUACCCCUGCGAGAUCUGCGGAAAAAAAUUCACACGAAGAGAGCACAUGAAGAGGCAUACUCUGGUGCACAGCAAAGAUAAGAAGUAUGUGUGCAAGGUGUGUAACCGUGUGUUCAUGUCUGCUGCCAGUGUAGGCAUAAAGCAUGGAUCCCGAAGACAUGGAGUGUGCAUGGACUGUGCAGGAAUGGGAAUGGCACAUGGUGGUGGAGUGGGGGGACAUUCUCCUGAUGCCAUGUACCCAGGCGAAAGUCAUUACCUGGAGGAUGUUGAUGAGCUGAAAGUGGAUGACGAGAUGGUAGGGGAGGAAGAUGAUGACAUUAAGUGGAAGGAUGAAGCAGACACCUCACAGGAUGAUGUCAUACUGGAAGAUGAUGAGAUUGAGGACUGCACUCCUGGUGUGAAAGAAUUUACUUGGAUAGCCUAAGUUGUAACCCUAAAGAUAAAUCAACCAUGGAGCCUCAUGGAAACCAACAGUUACCAUCAGUGGGUGAUGACUGGGCUAAUUUGUUUAUUACCCUGAAGUAGGGGGCCCUUCCACCUGUAAUGCUUCCCUUACUCACUGUUGAGGUGUUAAGGGGAUAUGUAUAUGAGCAGUCCGGCACUGCUCAUCUUUGGCACAGAAGGGAGUUGAGUAGCGCUUAGGAAACAGAUUUAACACUUACACACCUUACACCUCAAUGCAUAAACCCUUGUGUUUCAAAAACUCUUCUGGACAACAUGGCAGAUGUCCAAAUAGCCCUUAGAACUCUCCAAUUCUUUGUGAUAUGUCAGGGGUAGAGGCUAUUUUUACAAUUUGUUUUUUAUUUUGAUAUUUGUACCCCCUUGCCAUCCACACCCCUUUCCAGCUGCUGUUUUUCUAAGCAAAAUCUUUUGAAAACAGACCUUUGUAAUAUUUUCUACUUGCUGAACACAAUCUGUGUGAGAUACAGUGCCUGCUUCCUACCUUUAUGUAUUCUGUAGUUACCUUGAGCUUUGUUCCCUCCCUCCAUGCAAAACCACACUAAAUCCUUCAUUUACUAAACACCCUAACCAAAAACAUUCCAUGUAGUUAUCGGUGCAUGAUACACAGGACUUUGAGCAGUUGAGCUCAACUGUCAUUUGCCCAUCUUUACUUUUAACAGUUAUCAUAAAAAAAGGAAAGAUGGACUUGACUAUUUUGUCAUACACUGUGUGCUUGACAUAGAACCAGGAAGACUAGGGAGGAUACAGUUGUGAGCACUGAAUCGUCCAGGACUUUUGCUGAAUACAUAGCCAGCUGGUAUCUCGAAGAUAAUUCAUAUUUAUAUAAAGCCAGCUGUGUAUAUGGUGCUGUCUAAAAGACUAAUACAGAAAGGAAAUAAUUGGCCUUGGGCCUUACCUGAUUAUUAGGUAUUUAUUAUAUUAAUGGCUCACCCAUGAAGUGCAGCCGCAACACCUUUUGCAGGGGAUCCGCUGAGGUAAAAGAGCAAUCGUAGAUGAGUUGGGUCGAAUUUUUUUUAAAAUUUAAAUUAUGGCCAUUAUCCCUCUGGUAGGGAUGUGCCGUGACUUUCUGAGAGAGUUCUGCACUGGUUUUCGACAUAAAGGGUGAAAGUCUGAUCUCUUCCCCCUUCACAUUCAGAUUAACGUAACCCCUGUGAAUAUAAUUUAUAUAUUUUGUAAACAUGCAAAAACUGGAUUUUUUUUUUUUUUAAUUUUUUUUUGCAUAUUUCUGUUAGUUGUUACCAAAAUCCUUCACGCAGCUUACUUUCUAUCGGGUAUUUUGGAUUUUAGGUCCUGAUAUUUUCAUUUGCUAUCUUCGUAAUGAGUGUAAGCUUUCAUAUAUAAAUAUAUAUAUAUAAAUACAUAUAUUAUUUAUUUUUUUUCCAAACACAUUUUCAAACAUGUCAACAAACUUGCGAGGCAGUGCAAUGUUGAAUUUUGUUUGUUGGGAAUAUACUAUAUUGACUUUAUGAAUAAUUAUAAAUUUGUGUUUGUGAUGGACAUUUUAAUAUUGGGUCGGUGGGUGGGAGAGUGCAGAGACUGUUAUGAACUAUGUGGGAUUUCUCUGCUUGGAUGUAAACAAAUUUAUGACUGAGUUAGUUUAGGAAGAAUUGCAAAUCAGUUUCAAUAAAUCAAAAAAGCUGCUG